AUGGACUCGAGUCGAGAGGCUUCUCUGGAGGCCGACACGCCUUAUGAUGGGGAGGUUGAGCAGAGGCAACCCAAAAGAAAGCGAUUGAACCGGCCGUUUACUGCUUGUACCACGUGUCGAAGGCUGAAAACGAAAUGUGAGAUCGCUUCUCGAGAUAGCUGCAGACGGUGUGCAGCCUUGCGGCUUAGAUGCGACCUGCCGACACUGGAACAGGAUGCUCUACUCUCGGACUCCUCUUCGUCCCUGAGUAUCGGGGCUCGUUUGGAGCGUAUCGAAGAUAGCAUCCAAGGGAUUUCGACACUUCUAAGGACCCUAACUUCAUCGGCCAAGUAUGAUGACAGCCGGCGCAGGUCGGGGUUUUCGAGUAUACCUGACACCAACCCGACAUUGCAGCCUUUACGGCCUACAUCAUCAUAUCACAAUGGGGUUACAAGGCCUGUACCGUUGCUCAAAAAUCUACAAUUACAACUCUUCGGACCCAAGCGCGAGUUUGGGGAUGAAGUCCUGGCAAUAGGGAACGUGGUCUCGGCGGGUAUUAUAGGGGCGUCUCUGGCCAACUAUCUCACAAAGGUAUUCGUUCAACGACUGGGAAAAUGGAUCGCCGUCUACUCGGAAGCCGACCUACCAGAUGACCUUGAGCAAAACCAUCCCUUGCUGUUCAGUACCGCCUGUCUUCUCGCAUCGCCACACGUCCCUAACGUGAGCAAGGACACUAUACAGCAAGUGGAUGUUCUGGUCCGGCGCCUGACUGCAAGUACUGUUCUCAAGACUCCUAGUUUGAGCCAUGAGUCUAUCCAAGCUCUCCUGCUGCUCAGCAUGUUCAGCCCGACAAUUCAAACCGCCAUGCCCAUGGAUAGCUGGAUGUUGAGCGGAACAAGUGUUAACCAUGCCGUACUAUCGUUCAACUUGGCAAAUCCGACUCCAGAGGAAGAGGAUGAAGACACGCGACUUCGACAACUUCGCAUCUGGAAUGUCUUGUGUUUGACACACAUCCAAUUUUCUGUGGGGAAUGCUCGACCAAGCGUGAUCUCUCAGCGAUUUGUGGACUAUUGCGCCGGCAUAUUGGACUUCCAGUCAUCCACCAUGGACGACGCAGCUUUAUUCGCAGGGGUGUUACUGUAUAGCGAGACGGAGAAAAUGCUCAAUGAUUCUCCGAUCCCGAGUCAGAAGGACGGCAUUCCCGUAUACAGAGAGCUUGAAGAUUGGCACGCAUCCUGGAAUCACGUUCUCGGGACUUCCUCAUCGCGGAACUCGACGCUAGAUUUUAGUUACGACUUCUGCUACCUCCUUCUAUAUCGGACGGCGUUAAAAGCUCAGUCUGACGCCGCUGCUGUUGAAUCAGCCAUUACCCGGACGGCUAGUGAAAUCCUGAAACGAUUUCUCGUUGUGGAUUUUUCAACCGCGUUGGAAAUGCCCGACUUUUUCUUCUUCAUCGUGAUAUAUGCCACUCUCAACUUGUGCAAAUUUGCAGUCGGCCAUCAUCUGAUUGCUUCCACACAAGAAUAUCUCACAGAGCUUGCUCCCAAUGACGAACAUAUUGCUCACCGGUUUGGUGCCAUUAUUGGUGAGCUCCGGCGGGCAGCGGCCAAAGCAGGCGUGUCGCUGUCGAACAGUGCCGAAAACGAGCAAGCAUUCAUGGCAGCACAGCUCCCUGCCACCGAAGACGGGUUAACCUGGCAGAUGUUGACAACGGUGGAUUGGACAAACCUUGAUCUCACUCAUCUGGAAGACAUGAAUUUCCCUAUGGAUGGUCCUUGA